ACUGUGUCUAAUGUCUGAAGCCGUUGCUGGCUUCUUACCGCCUGGCUUUAGCUUUAAUAUUAUAACCUUACGAUAGUUAAUGUACGCGCGAAAACUAUCAGCCGUGCAAUCGCUUAAAGAGAUAACAUGGUCUGACGUGAACACAAGCGCUGUGGAAGAUCUCGUCAAUUGAAAGGUUUUAUCCAAGUAGGGCUGAGAGUUCUUGCUGAGGACACCAGAGCCAUGAUGCACCUCUAAAGAUAUCUUGAUCACAUGGGCUCCUAUCCUGUGCUGACCCAAUGGUUUAAUCACCAGGACUAAAAAUGAGCAUAAGCAGUGAUGAGGUUAAUUUCCUGGUUUACAGAUACCUGCAAGAGUCAGGCUUCUCCCAUUCAGCGUUCACCUUUGGCAUAGAGAGCCACAUCAGCCAGUCCAACAUCAAUGGAGCCCUGGUGCCCCCUGCUGCCCUCAUCUCCAUCAUCCAGAAGGGCCUGCAGUAUGUGGAGGCUGAAGUCAGCAUCAAUGAGGACGGGACCUUAUUUGACGGGCGACCCAUCGAGUCGCUGUCUCUGAUCGACGCUGUGAUGCCAGAUGUGGUCCAGACCAGGCAGCAGGCCUACAGAGACAAGCUGGCACAGCAGCAGCAGGCGGCAGCAGGCAGUGGCAGCAGCACAGGGCCACAGGGAAGCACCAAGAACGGAGAGGGCGCAGCCAACGGGGAGGAAAACGGAUCCCACGCCUUAGCCAAUCACCACUCAGAGAUGAUGGAGGUGGACAGGGACGUGGAGAUCCCCCAAAGUAAAGCCAUGGUCUUGAGGGGCCACGAGUCCGAAGUUUUUAUCUGUGCCUGGAACCCGGUGAACGACCUCCUUGCCUCUGGGUCCGGGGACUCGACGGCACGGAUCUGGAACCUGAGUGAGAACAGCACAGGCGGAUCCACCCAGCUGGUUCUGAGGCACUGCAUACGGGAAGGGGGCCAGGACGUACCCAGCAACAAAGACGUCACCUCACUAGACUGGAAUAGUGAGGGAACGUUGCUAGCAACAGGCUCCUAUGAUGGCUUUGCUAGAAUAUGGACAAAAGACGGUAACCUGGCCAGUACAUUGGGUCAGCAUAAAGGACCUAUAUUUGCACUCAAGUGGAAUAAGAAAGGAAACUUUAUCCUCAGUGCUGGUGUAGACAAGACAACAAUUAUUUGGGACGCACACACAGGAGAGGCGAAGCAACAAUUUCCUUUCCACUCGGCUCCUGCUCUGGACGUAGACUGGCAGAGCAAUAACACGUUUGCCUCCUGCAGCACAGACAUGUGCAUCCAUGUGUGUAAGCUGGGUCAGGACAGACCUGUCAAGACCUUCCAGGGACACACGAAUGAAGUGAAUGCCAUCAAGUGGGACCCCACCGGCAGCUUGCUGGCCUCCUGCUCUGAUGACAUGACGCUCAAGAUCUGGAGUAUGAAGCAGGACUCGUGUGUUCACGACCUCCAGGCCCACAGUAAAGAAAUCUAUACCAUCAAGUGGAGCCCCACAGGCCCCGGGACCAAUAACCCCAGCGCCAACCUCAUGCUGGCCAGUGCAUCCUUUGACUCCACAGUGCGUCUGUGGGAUGUGGAGCGUGGGGUCUGCAUCCACACGCUGACCCGCCACCAGGAGCCCGUCUACAGCGUGGCCUUCAGCCCAGAUGGCAGGCACCUCGCCAGUGGCUCCUUCGACAAAUGUGUCCACAUCUGGAACACUCAGACGGGCGCUUUAGUCCACAGCUACCGAGGGACAGGAGGGAUCUUCGAGGUGUGCUGGAACGCCACCGGGGACAAAGUAGGAGCCAGCGCAUCAGACGGAUCGGUUUGUGUACUAGACCUGAGGAAAUGACACACGCCUGGGGGAGCCAUGGACCGACUACGAAUGUGUACAUAGCCAAAAUGACUGUCCCUGCCUGUCCGCCACACUGCUGUAGUCCCGUCAGACGCCAUGGCCCGCCGCCACAGCCAACCGGAGCGCUCCCUCCCUCCCUCCCUCAUACGUACACACCAGGACCACACACAUGCAUCAGACACACAACAGGUCUGUGCGGACGUUUGUGUCGCUCCACAGACCAGAAACAUUUCUUUGUUAUCACAUAGUAGAAACUUGUCGGACCCGUCACAAGCGAACCAAAACACCAGGAUUCUUCUUGCUUUCCUCUUUUUAUCCUUUGUAUCAGAAUUGUAAAGAUUUUUUGUUCUCUGUUGGUGUGUGCAUAUUGCAUAUGUCAGCAUUUGGUGUCCUGUGGACAUUGUUGUGUUGAAUUAGGAUUUUACUGAUCUCUGUAGGUUUUCUAUUACAUGUGGGGUGGGAGAGAAGAGAGGGGCUGUCGAGUCUUUUAACACGGACGUUCAGAGCUGUCGAUCGGGAGAUCCGUUCAUUUUCCUCGUCUGCACUCGUCGAGGUUCAGAAAUGCAGAUGUACAGCGCUGAAGAUGACUUCUAGUUUUGUCAACUCUAUUUUUAUCUGAUAGGUUUGUUCCAUUUUUGCCAUUUUUUUAACAAAGUAUAGUUAAGCGGAGGGCGACCUGCCCUUUGUUCGCAACUUUUAUCCUCAGAAAUGGUUUUCAGGUGAUCACAGUUCAUCAGGUUAAGACGGAGCCCUGAGGAUUUCCAAGUCUCUCGGCCGAAAGAUAAUCUUUGCAACCGAAAGACAUCGAUGCAGAUGAAGUGCUUCAGGUUCCCGUCGCUGAAGCCGAGUUGGUCCUGGAUUUGUGUCUCACGGUUAUGAGCAGGCGGCUUUAGUGUCAGCAGAGAGACGAAUGGCCGAGCAGGCCCAUGGCGGCUCGCAUCCAUCCGACGCCAACAAAUAAUCGUUGUAAUUGCGCUUGUUUCCUCAAUUUAUGGCUGGUUGCUACCCAGCGCUGAACGAUAAUCAGACUAAGUCGGUCUAAUUGCGUCCUGUUUCCCCUGCUGGGUCCUGACGCAUCAGGACAUCAUCCUGAGCAUCGCCACCGCCGCCUCCUCUGCAGGACCUCUGAUCGGCUCUUUCGCGAGCUGACUCAGCGUCGACUCACGUCUCGGCCGAAGUGACGGUGCCGGAGUUCCAGUUCCAGUUUGUCAUGUUGAGCAGCUGUUUGCAAAACGUUCACUCUGUAACGUGUGCAGCUUUCAUGUCCGGUGUCGAUCCAAGUACACACUACAGUCCCCGCUUUGGUUUGCUGUUGUCAGGCAGUUGUUGCCCAGCACUAACGCACGCACACACACACACACAAACACACACACACACACACACACACACACUCUCUGGAGACAGGCUGUAUUGAGGCCUAUGCACGGAUAGACGGCGCUUUUGUUUGUAGUGUUCAGAGUCGGCGUUUUGAGGCAAGUCUGUGCUUGUUGUUAAAAGCAGCCUCGCAGCAGCAUAUGACUUGAUGCAACGCGGUAUCUGCAUAACGUUAACGACGUGAUGAAUUAAUUCCAUGCAGAUGCGGUGUUCCAUCAGUAUAAAUAUAUAUAUAAAUCUGUGCUAUUACAGGGGAUUCUGUUCUAAGCCACUCCUACGCUGAGGAUGGAUUUAAAACUCUUUGAAGACGCUUGAAAUACAGUUUGUGAUGUUUCGGAGCAUCGCUGAGGGUUGUGACCAUGAGGAAUGGUUUUCUUUUUUAUAAAAUACCAUUAAACAGUCAUAGCUAAAUAAUAAUAAUUAAAAAAAGAAGAAGAGCGGCCCUUGAGGAGCGAUUUCUUUUCCUGCACUUUAGACUGAAAAUGGAGAAACAGGGAGGUGUGUUUGCCGAAGCCACCGCAGACACAUCCGACGUUCAGAAUGCUCUUAAGGCUGAAUCAGAGUCGGUGCAGAAAGCGUGCAGCGUUCCGGCCGGUUGUUUAGCGCGAACGGCGUCUCGUCCGACUCCUCGGGUGCGUCGAGUAGAAACAAGCCGACUUCAUGGCAUUCCAGGUCUCAUCUCGCAGCCACAUCCAAGAUCCAAACGGCUUGACGGGCGCGCACGUCGACGGACGUCUCAGAGGUUUUGUUCCGAAUGUUACUUGUUUUGAAAAUUAAAAAAAAAAAUUUUGUACCGAAGCUAUAGACUAUUUUGACGUUUGCUUUAAUACAGUUAGCGGAGAUUGGACUCGAUCCCAGAUGAUGUCUAUGACGGUGGAAUGGUAUUUUAUAACGGUUUGUUUUUAGACGAGAAGCUUUUUACACUGCAUUCAAGUGUGUUUGCUAUUUUUUGUUUUUGUUCCUACCGAAAGUACUAACGUUAAUUCUAUCUUUGCUAUGUUGGAGAGCCCUUGAAGGUUUUGUACUUAUCAAAACUUUUGUAAUUUUGAUUUAUUUGUAGCUACGUACUCAAAAUGAACAAAAAAAAAAAACCAACAACCAUAGAAUCUGGAUUUAAUUGUUGAUGUAUUAUAACACACAGAACAUGUAAAUACCAAUUUGCAGAUUUUUUUUUUUUGUCUUUUCCCUCACCUAUGUUGUACUCUCUUUCUCUCUCACUCACAUGGUUGCAGUCUGCAACCUCCUGAUCAGACUGUUGUAAUAUCACUCAGAUCUCAAGGUCUAGAAUAAAAUCUAUUUUGAUAAUAUGA